AUGUCCCGUCGGCCCCCAUCGCCUCAGCAGCUGAUGAGUCCUCCAGACUCACCGGGUCAAAGACGUCGCUUUCUACGAGAAUCCGAUGAUGCAGAGGGAAAUAUAUCCACCACCGACAUGGCAUUGCCGCCCGGUCCUUUCCUUAUUACGCAAUUUUCCCCAGAGAAGGAUCCCACAACGCCAUUUCGUGAUGAGAUCUGUUCUGCGAUGCGAAAUUUUGGACUCACUCCAUUUUCCAGGGUUGGUAAAGCAUCAAAAGAGGGAUAUGAGGAUUUCAAUCUACUACAAGUUCGUAUGAAGACUGUGCGACCUCUGCUGUGA